AUGGCGGCCAAAUUUCACUUCAUAUUAAUUUCAACCCUCACAUUACUCUUAGCUUCUUCUGCAGAUGAAGCAGCAGUACCAAAGUUUGCAUUCAGUUGGUUGGAUGACAAGGAUACAUUCAAAGCUGGGGAAACUGCCACAAUCAAAAUCAAAGUUCUGGGAAAUUUUGAUAGUAAAGGAAACGCUUCACUUGAUAGAACUGCUUUUAAGCCUUUAGUUACAGUGAAUGGGAAGACAGGGAAUAGUUCUUAUAUAUCUGGUGUUUUUCUAGACAUUGAUGGUGAUCCUAGUACUUGGCAAAUUGUUUUUAUCCCAAUUCUUGCUGGCAUAUUUAAUGUGAUCCUCAAUGAUGACCCUUUCAAAGUCAUGGAUUCAUCUCUCCAUUUCACUGUUGAAUCAGGGCCAAUGUACCCUUCUGCUAGUGUUGCUUCAUGGUUAGGGUUCUUGAAUGAAUUUGAAGCUGGUUCAAAGGCUCCAGUUUUGAUUCUUCCUAAAGAUGCAUUUGGCAAUAAUGUAACUUCAAUUGAUGAAGAACUGAGUUCUUAUAACAUCUCAGUGACUGCUCUCCAUGAAAAUGGUUCCAUUGCAUGUUUGCUGAAUAUUACAUCCAAGGCCUGGAAUGAAUUUGGUUAUAUCAUAGUGGAGUUUAUAGCUGUUAAAGCAGGAAAGUUCUUAUUGAACAUCCAAGGGGCAAACCAGACCUUGAAUGGCUCUCCAUUACCAUUCAAGGUAAAUCCAGGACCUUUAGAUGUCUCCAAUUGUAUAGCCAAGUGGAAAUUUGAAUUCAAUGCAUGGCAAAUCUUUUCCAAGAUGGAAAUACUUAUCUACCAACAAGAUCAAUGCGGGAACCUUGUUCCAGGCUUGUACGAAUUUGACGCUGAUGUUAUCGAGAGUGAUACGAAUUUGUCUAUACCUGUAACGGAUUUGCAGUUCGAAGAAGUAGAACCAGGGGUUCAGCUGUUUUCUUUCAGCAUGUCUAAAGCGGGGAACUUCUUGCUCACCAUUUCUGAUAUGAAGCACAACAAAAGCAUUUCCUAUAUGCCAUAUGCAUAUACCGUCUUUGUAGGUUAUUGCGAUGGAUUCAAGAGUAUCAUCAAUGGGACUGGUUUAAAUACUUCUGUUGCUGGGGAACAGGCAGAGUUUUCGGUUUAUUUACGUGAUGCCUUCGAAUAUCCCUCCCCAGUGGAAGUAGAAAGACUUCGAGUAGAAAUCAGAAGUGAAACCGAUUCCACACCGGUAUCACCUACUAUAUAUCCUACACAGAUCAGUAACGGAGAAUUGCCUGACAUUUCUAUAAGCGAAACCAAACUUGCUUCUGCUCCAUCUAUGGGCCUAAAGAACACUCCUCCUCCUGGAAGCUUGAAUGUUUGGGCAACUGCAUUCAAUGUCACGUAUACUCCUCAGAAGAGAGGGAUCUAUAAAAUUCAUAUAUUCUGCGGAAAUAUAAUCCUAAAUGGUGGUACUCCAUUCACAAAGGAAGUAAAACCAGGUGAGGUUAAUAUAUCAGUCUCAGGAGUAGUGAAAUUUUCUCCCAAGGCACCAAAGCUGGUUAGAAAUGAAAUAGUAGUACGGCUUCUGGAUUCAUUUUCCAACCCUGUCAUGUCCGAAAAUUCGAAGCUAAGUCUAGUGCUUACUUCGGUUAACAAGCCAGGUUUCUCAAACUGGAUGUUUGUGGAUAACAGUGAUGGUUCAUACAUAGGUCACUAUCUUGCCAUGGAAGUAGGAACUUAUGAGAUGUGUGUAUUGUUCGAAGGAAAGCAUUUAUCGCCCUGCCCUUUCACUGUCAACGUGUACGGAAGUGAAUAUUUUCCUAAAGCAUAUGAUGAUAAAAUCUCUCUUUGGGAGGAUGAAUCGAUUUCGUUCGAUGUAUUGGAAAAUGACUACUUUGCCGGUUCCAACGCAACUAUUAUCAAGUUCUCGAAACCAAUUCAUGGUUCACUUCUACAAUAUGGAAGGCUCUUCAGAUAUACACCAUAUAAAGACUAUUUUGGGAAUGAUUCUUUCCAAUAUACAAUGUUGGACAUUAAUGGUGACCUUGCUACUGCUACUGUCAAAAUAUCUGUACUCACCAUUCCACCACAGUUUGUUUCUUUUCCAAGUCAAUUGCAGGCAAUUGAAGAUCUAAUAAGUCCGAGAUUCGGUGGUUACAAUGGAUUUGAACUGAAAUAUUCAGAUCCAAUGGAGAAUAUCUCUGUCAUUCUCAGUGCUAAGCAUGGAACAAUAUUUCUAUCACCUAUGUCAAUGCAGUUUUGGCAGCCAAUAUGGAGUGAAUUUUGUGUGACUAAAGGGGACGAGAAAGGUACCAAUUUGAGCAUUGAAGGACGUUUAGAAGUAAUCAAUUUCGCCCUUCAAUCGAUUCAAUAUCUUGGGAAUGGGAACUUUUCUGGAAACGAUACCCUUCGAGUUUCGGCCAGGAAUAGAAAUGGAGUCAAUGACUUGGAUGUACAAGUUGUAGUGGAUCCCAUUAAUGAUCCUCCAUAUGUUAAUGUUCCCGAAUUCAUCGUGUUGAAUAACACUCGGGAUGAAUCUUUGUUGUUCGACAUAGAAACAGAUCAGUUUCAGUUCUCCAUUGGUGAUCCAGAUAUUCUUAACUUCCCUGGGGGUGAGCCCGGCUUUGACUUGGCGCUUUCAAUGGAAGUGAGUGAUGGGUUUUUGCUAGCAACGCUACCAGCUGCCCUUAUCAGUUCAACCGAACUGAAGCUCAAGUACAGUUAUCAAUGGCAACCGCUUCAAACAUAUGUUACCAUAUCAAAACAUUUCAUGGUCAAAGCCAUGGGAAUAAGAUUCCGAGCAUCGCUCAACGAUUGCAAUACUGUCAUGCAACAAUUAUCCUACCAUGGUGGCGAACAUGGCAGUGCGGUUUUAACAAUGAAAUUAAGCGAUUUAGGCCACCAUGGAUGUUAUUCAGAUUGUGUUGAUAGGGUAACAAAGGCUUUGGUCGCUGAGGCUACUGUAAAUCUGAUCAGAAGGAAACCAAUGAGCUCAUUGGCAGUUCAUACUCUUGAAACAGUCAUAGUGAUUGAAUUUCUUUUGCUACUUUCACUUGGAUUCAUGAUUGUGUUCUUCACAUGCAAAUGUGCAAUUCUGCUUGUGAAAGAGAAAAGGCGAGAAAAUCCCUGUAAUUCUGAGCUAUCAAGACAUCAAAAUAUCCAGACAGAACCUUUAAAUGCAAAUUCAACAAAGGAUGAUGGGAUUCAGCUCCGAGGGUGUUGCUCAAGCCCCUUUAAAUGCAUUAAUUAG